CAGGGCAAAAGGUAGCCUUCGUUCGCAUCAAUCAAAGGAAAGAAAUGGCUCUCGUCCAUGACCACGAAGAAGUGAGCUCUCACGAGGAGGACAUGGUCGAAGCUUUCGCCCUCCUCUACCACCACGUGUUCAGCUACAUCAAGCCGAUGGCGCUCAAAUGCGCCGUGGAGCUCGGCAUCCCCGACGCCAUCCACGGCCGCGGCGGCGCCGCCACCCUCGCGGACAUCGCCGCCGACACCGGGGUGCACGAGGCCAGGCUCCCCGACCUGCGGUGCCUGAUGAAGCUGCUGACCACGUCGGGGCUGUUCGGCGCCACCGCCGCCGCCGUUGCGGACGGCGGUGGCGAGGCGGCGGCCGCGUACACGCUCACCGCGGCGUCCAGCCUUGUCGUCGGCCCGCGCGGCCUGUCCAACAUCGUGCGCUUCGGGGACGGCCCCGUUUCCCUCUCCCCGUUCUUCGACAUGCCGGCGUGGCUCCGGACCGCGCCGGCGCCGGAGGCGCCCAAGUCGCUCUUCGAGCUUACGCACGGCCGCUCCCGGUGGGACCCGGCGAACGCCGACGACGAGACCAUGAACGGCGCGGCCUUCGCCGAGAGCCGGCUCCUGAUCGAGGCCGUCCUGGGCGGCCACGGCGACGUCUUCCGCAGGCUGACCUCGCUGGUCGACGUCGGCGGCGGCCACGGCUCGUUCGCCAAGGCCAUCGCCGCGGCUUUCCCGAACGUCAGGUGCGCCGUGAUGGAUCUCCCUCACGUCGUCGCCGACACCCCUGACGCUGGUGGCGACGUGCAGUUCGUCGCCGGCGACAUGUUCGAGUCCAUUCCGCCAGCGGAUGCUGUUUUGCUCAAGUAUGUUUUGCAUUGUUGGGACGACAACAAUUGCGUCAAGAUUCUUAAGCAUUGCAAGGACGCCAUUCCUGCAAGAGAUGCUGGAGGAAAGGUGAUAAUCACGGAGAUGGUGCUGGGGUCCGGACCUCGUGACACAAAUGUUGCCGAGACAGAAGAGAUGCACAGCUUGUUCCUCACCUGCAUCAGCGGCAUCGGACGAGAGGAGCACGAGUGGAAGAACAUCUUCACCGAUGCUGGAUUCAGCGACUACAAAAUCACUCCAGUGAUGGGCCCUAUUUCGGUUAUCGAGGUUUACCCUUAAAAGUUGAACGGAAAAAAGCUUGCCUACAUGAUGAACUCCAGUGACAUAUAAUAAUGUGAUUCCAGCUGCGUUCAGUAAUAGCUAAAUAAGCGUGCUGCUAGCUGCCUCAAUACUUCAUU